UGUCGUACCACAAACUAUCUAUACGGACCUACAUACAGAGAGAGCUCAUCUUUGAUCCCCCGCCAAACAAUGUGGGGUUUAUAGGUUUUGAGAUUGGGAAACAUCACUGUUUAGCCGAUCUCUAAACCUGAAGGUUUUGUUUCAGUCAUCUUUGUUUUAAGAGUUUCCCUUUGAACAUCAAAUUGUAAACAGCUUAGAGCGAAAUUUAUACAAAAUCGCACUAACGUCACUGCUUGAUUCAUAUGGAAAUCACCAUCUCCGGGAACUCGCUGCGAAAGAGAAAAAUCACAAAGAUGAGUUCUGAAAGCGAUAUUCCCUCAGAUACUGGUAGUGUUACCAUCGAAGGAGGUUGUAUCCAGGAUACAUCUAGCGAGGGAAGUUUAGAAUCAUUGAAUUGCGAAGAGCCAUGUACUAGCGGGCUAGCAGAACAACAGGAAAGAAAUGUGGUUGAAAACAUUGAGGCGAUCACUGUACCGAAAGACGAGGACGAACUUUCGAACCAAGAGGAAAACGAUGAUGAUCAAACCACAGAAUUACUUCCCAAAACAUCGGCUCAAGAAACCGACUACCAAAACAGCGAAACAGUAAGCACAGAGUCGUGCGAUUCUCAGGGAGAAAGAUUGGUAAUUCACGCGGACAUUGAAACAGCCAAGGUACUUAUUGUGAAAGGUGAAGAAAACCUGAAAGUUAUGAUUAAUGCAGUAAAGGACAAUGUUCAAGAUGCAGCAGAGAAAUUUAGAGGAAACUUUCAGGAUGCUUCCACUAAAUUCCGUGGCCAUGUCAGUGAUGCUACCGGAAGGGUACAGGAAGGUAUGCACCAGACAUCAGAAAAAGUCCAAGUCAUGUUCAAGAACGUCAAAGAUAACGUUUCUGGAACCAUGCAUGAAGCUGGUGAGAAAGCAGAGAAGAUCAGAAAGCGAGUGAUCGAAGCUGGUAGAUCAGGCUGGUAUACGCUGUCGCACAUUGAGCUUCCACACUGGUUGAGAGAUAAUGAGUUCCUAGAAGACAGUCACCGCCCACCACUGAAUUCCUUCAAGUCAUGCUUUAAAAGCAUGUUCAAGAUUCAUACUGAAACAGGCAAUAUCUGGACCCAUUUCAUUGGCUUUCUGGCCUUCAUUGCUGCAAUGUUGUACAUGUAUAUACGCCCAGUCAGUGCUGAUAAUCCAUUCCCUAAAGACUGGACGGAAAAGUUGGUGUUUGGAGCAUUCUUUGCUGGUGCUAUCCUAUGCCUUGGGUUCUCUUGGAUUUUCCACACCGUCUACUGCCAUUCUGCUAAUGUUUCUAAAGUAUUCAGCAGGCUUGAUUACUCUGGCAUAGCCCUGUUGAUCAUGGGUUCAUUCAUCCCACCGCUGUACUAUGGCUUCUACUGUGACACUACGACACGGAAUGUCUACAUGGGUGUUACUGUGUCCAUGGGGUUGCUCAGUGUACUUGUGUCGCUCUGGUCAAAAUUCAACACCCCAAAGUACAGAUGCCUCCGUGCAGGUGUUUUCCUCACAUUUGGCUGCUCUGGAGUUGUGCCUGCCAUUCACUUUGUUGCAGCACAUGGUGUUGCCAUUGCUCACCGUCAAGCAUCAGUUGGCUGGAUGGCCCUCAUGGGCUUACUCUAUAUUCUUGGUGCUAUAGCAUAUGCUUCAAGAAUGCCGGAGAGAUUCUUCCCUGGUCGUUUUAACAUAUGGUUCCAGAGUCAUCAAAUCUUUCAUGUCCUUGUGGUGGCCGCAGCAGCCGUUCACUUGUAUGGGAUAUGUCAAAUGGCCUAUUACCGAUUCACAAUAGGCUCUGUCUGUCACUAGUCUGGUUUCAACUAGGCUACGACCAUGGCUUUGACAUUUGAGUCCAUGUAUCUGCACCAUUGUAUAUACAGCAGACCAACCAGGUGUUAUUGUUCAUCGCUAACUUAUGAACAUGACAUCAUUUAGAGUGUAUUAUAGUACAACCAAAAAAAACUCGAAAAUAAAAACCUGGAAUAUUUAUCUCAGCCAAACUUAGGAGAUAUAAUUUAGUGAAUAUAGCAUAAUUUCUUUACCAGGUUUACUGAUGGUUGGGAAACAAUACUAUGAAUACCUAUUUUAGUCAGUCACCAUUUUGUUACCCUAGCAAAGUACCAAGUGUGAAUCCAUUUCCAUUGGCAGAUGUGAAGAAGCUGUUGUGUUAUUUUCGAUUGAAUUUGGUAGAAAAAGUAUAAGAUUGUAAUUUUAGAUGGUUAUUUUGAAAUUUCUUCUCAUAAUUUGUCUUCCACUUUGGUUGAAAACAAUAACAAAGGUGCGUCUGACAAGGACUCUUUAAUUAUAGUCUAAAUAUUAGUUGAAUUUAAAGUAAGACUAAGUUUUCCAUAUAGUAAGACUAAGUGAAUAUCAAUUAUAGAGCAACGUCACGGGGAUCGUGUGUACUUUUCGUAUUUGUGUUGGUGUACAUCCCAACUGCUGUAAUACCAGACUUUUAAACCACGGUUGAAAACUGCGGCUAGUUAUUGCGGUUGCCGACCAAAGCUACCUAAAUUCAAUUGUUGUAAUAGUUAUUGACAUGACUGUAUAAAGGCCCAUCCUAUACAUUAUUAUAAAAGCUUUCAAAGGUGAAUUCUCAUCCUAUGCACUAUACUAGAUGAGUUAUAUGAGACCCAGAGGUUAUAUGCUGUUCACUGGGGAGAAAUUAAAAUCUGGGUUAUUAAUAGGACAUUUUGUUUUUAGGACAUAUUUUUUUGUAAAUAGUAGAAAACACAAACAUGAUUUGAAAUAUCAGAAAUAUGCAUGCUAUCGAAAUGGUUCACGGUGUAUCAAUGAAUAGUUGCAGUUACAGAGCUUGUGCUGUUAGUUAGACCUGAGUCACUAUCCCUUCAGCGUAUAAGUGUUCUGGACUCCCUGGUGGAGUAGUUUUCUCACAAACAGUUCCCGGAGUUUUAACGGGGUUCCCUGUUGUUGAAAGUUUGACGUCACAGAAAGGGUUCAUUCAUCCCAGACUUUGCCAAAUGGUGUGGUCGGACUGUACCGCCAUCUUUGUCGAAUUUAUUCUCGCACAGCAAAUCAAUAUAUUGUUCCUGGUUCAAAGUCUAACUGAAUUUAAAGAGAGAAUAGCUUUUAUCAUGUAAAAUUAUUCGCUAUAUUGUAUAUGCACUACUGCCUACAAAGUGGAAAAAUAAAGCAAG